UCGCGAUGGUUUGCAUAUAUGAUUUCAUGAAAUUCAUCGUACGCCGAUUGAUGGCCCGCCCCCCCAAAAAGAGAAAAACACAUUCAAAUAUAUGAAAGGAUGUCAUAUGGAGGAGGGAGAAAGAUUGUUUUCUGCUGCUCCAGAGAAGCGGACACGGAGCAAUGGAUUCAAGCUACAAGAAACAAGAUUCCACCUCAACAUGAGGAAGAACUUCCUGAAAAUUGGAGACGAUGAACAAGGAUACGACCUAGACUUGUUUUGCAUACCAAAACAUUAUGCGGAAGAUUUGGAAAAAGUAUAUAUUCCUCACGGUCUUAUUAUGGACAGAACAGAAAGGCUGGCGCGGGAAAUCAUGCAGAGCAUGGGAGGGCAUCACAUUGUGGCUCUCUGUGUCCUGAAAGGGGGAUACAAGUUCUUUGCCGACUUGCUGGACUAUAUCAAAGCCUUGAAUCGAAACAGCGACAGGUCUAUCCCUAUGACCGUUGACUUCAUCCGGCUGAAGAGCUAUUGCAACGACCAGUCCACUGGUGAUAUAAAAGUAAUUGGUGGGGACGACCUCUCAACCUUGACAGGGAAGAAUGUAUUGAUUGUAGAAGAUAUAAUUGACACUGGUAAGACUAUGAAGACUCUUCUGUCUCUGCUUAAGCAGUACAAUCCGAAGAUGGUGAAGGUAGCCAGCUUGCUGGUCAAAAGAACACCUCGAAGUGUAGGAUACCGCCCUGACUUUGUUGGAUUUGAAGUGCCAGACAAGUUUGUGGUGGGAUACGCUCUAGAUUACAACGAAUACUUCAGAGAUCUAAAUCACAUAUGUGUCAUAAGCGAAACCGGGAAGCAGAAGUACAAGGCGUGAGAGCGGUGGCUCCGGCACGACAGCUAGGGGACUCUGAAACGUGCGUCCAUUUUCUCCUGCCUUUGGCUCCGGCCGCCGGCUUAAAACCGUAGAGCUCUCCGACUUUGUUGCCCAUUUGCUCGCUAAUAACUUAUUGCAUGUAACAACCUCAUCUUGUCCAUUUGCAUUUGAGAAAGAAAAAGAGGGCGCCGUCCUCUCUUUUUCUUUCCUCUCUUAAGAAAAUUGCACUAUGAAAUGUACUGAUCCUAGCUGCCAAGUUCUCCCUUUUUUAAAAAAAAGGGAAAUUCCAUUAUGCUGAAUAGGCUUCCUCGCGAGAAAAAGGGGAAACUUGGCAGCUAUGUCUACCGAUUCGAGCUCCUUUCCUAGUGGGGUUGGCGGUGCGUUUGACCCCCCCCCCCAAAAAAACAUAUCCCUCCCUCCUCCUCCCCUUUUAAACUUCAGAACUCAAAUAGUUUUAAGUCCUGUAAAUGUCUAAGGCAUUUUAAGGUGGGAAAUUAUAUUAGUAAUAUUUUUUUAUAAAAAAACCACACACGAGUAAUUUAAGUUUUAUAUAGUGAUGAAAGCAGAAAAUUAAGGCGGUUGUUGGAUGAUGUAGUUGCCUUACUUGCCUCUGACAAAAAAUAAUGCCAUUUCAGCCUGAAAAGAGAGCGAGCGACAUGUAGACCAGGCUUUCCACCUCCUUAUAAUUGUAUAGUCCACGUUACACGAGCCCGAGGGGGAGAAGAAAAUGGGAAUUGAUUCACAGCACCGGGAUCGGCCCCUCCAAGCGGAUCCUGGUCUUCAUUUCCCCUUUCCCUUCUCCGCCAGCAAAACUGCCUCUCGGAACUAUCAUCUCCCCCUGCGUUUCGCCUCCGUGAGAAACGAUUGUAACGUCGGCUGUGUGCGCAACCGACGUACUUUUCAAUAAAGGCUGUUUCUCCAAAGGUA